ACGACAGCAUCCAUCUUUCAUGGCGGAGCUUCUCGAGCGCUGCGACGGGAGCUUGAGGUGGGGACUGGUGGACCCGUCUGCUGGUAGUUGCGCCGGGGACAAGCGGACCUGUUUCCGAGCGAGGCCAGUGCGGUGUCUAUGGUGGAGUUGCUGUGUUCUCGGGACCGAGCGAGCGAGGGAGGGUUGUAUAUGACAUUCUCGCGCGGCAGCUGCAGCUGACAUGCUCGGACAUCUUGACAGAAUUCGCGUUGCUGCGAAGGACAAUGUUGCUUGCUCUAUCUAGCGUUAUGAAUUUGUCUCACAUCGCUUCCUGUGGGAAAGCUUUGUUUGGAUUUCCGAACCGGCCUCUCGUUGGGAAUUUGCGCACUUUGACACUACUAUCUUUCAGUUCGUCUCAAUGUUGCAGCAGUAGCUGCAGAAUGUUUCCUCCUUCCAAAGACCUCGAUGGUCUUCUUCCUCUUACUAGAAAAACACAGAAGCCAGGCUUGCGAAGAUGGGAAGAGGCAAGGAGUUUUAGUAUACUUGCAACUCAAGCCACUGCCACGAAUUCGAAGCAGAGUCUUUUCUUCGCUGAUGCGGGAAUACAACGAGCGACAGAACUACGAACCGACAGCGCGUGGCUAGCAAGUGCUUUCAGCAGAAAAGAUGCUCUUGUCGUGCCAAUGAUAGGGAUGAAGAAUAUGGUUAAUUCUGGCAAAGCUGUUUACAUUUCACCAUCUAGUCUUCCCGGCAUCGGACACGGGGAUGCAAUUUUUCUCGGACUCUCAGAAGACAAGUUACCUAUAUUUGUUGUCAAUGUGGAGGACUUGUCCAGUACAGACGAGGUAAAGGAGGCACUGGAUAAAGGAGCGGAGUGGGUGGAUGUGAAAAAAUAUGGCCCAAGUCUUAGUGCGUAUGAGGCAGGUCUUCUGGCUUAUGCACGAGGAAUGAUUGAGUGGCACAGCCGACACCAACAUUGUGGACGAUGCGGGUCGAAAAUGGAAAUGAGUGAGGCUGGUCAUUCAUUGAAGUGCACUAAUUCGGACAGUUGUGGAAGGUUAUCCUACCCACGAAUGGACCCUGCAGUUAUAAUGCUCGUCACAUGUGGGAACUAUAUACUUCUAGGUCGACAGGCUAGAUGGGACCUCGGUCGAUAUUCAUUACUAGCAGGCUUUGUGGAGAUCGGUGAAACCUUUGAAAUGGCGGUAGCGAGAGAAACUAAAGAAGAAGCAGGAGUGACUGUGGAAUCGGACAGCGUGAGAUAUGAAUCCAGCCAGCCGUGGCCGUUCCCGUCGUCCCUUAUGGUUGGAUUCCAUUGCGCUGCAGUGAAGAACAAGUGUGAACCUUACAACGGCCUUGAAGCUCAUGGUGACGCUGUCCCAGUGGGGAUCGAGAGGGUGCCGGAGGUUGAUGAAGUUAAUGCUUUGCCGAGACCAGCUGUAGAUGUACAUGAGUUGGAGGAUGCGAAAUGGAUCCAUCGAACUUUCCUGAAUGCUGUUCUACUUGGGGAGCCUUUACCCCAUGGCCAGGUUUUCAACGUGCCCGGAAACUAUGCGAUCGCAAACCGUCUGAUGCAAAGCUGGGUCAAAGCUGAGAAUGCGCGUGAUGUGCAAUGGGCUGGGAGUGAGGUGCCAACGGUUGACAUCGAUGAGGGUACAUUCAAGUAUGUCCUCAUCAACAUUGAGGAUGAUCAAGGACAUCAGAAACUGUUGGUCAGAGGACGAAAAGCACUACCUUAUCAUUCUGAUAUUUUUGAACAAACGAGGAAGAGUUUGAAAGAGCUCGGACUUAAUUUGCAGGUAUCGCAGUUAGGGGGUGGGAGAAUAGACCACAACCCGGAUCAGCGCACCUUACUUGUGUACAGCAGCUCUCAGGCUUUCGGGCAAGCAGAUCACACAGUCACUUCUGCCCUCUUGCGACAGGCUUAUGCCCUGCACACCUUCACCAUAUCAUGGGAUCCGUAAGGGAGGUAAAUUGCAUGCUUCGUGCAAAAGUAUUGUCGACUUUUAGCCAGAUGGCCUUUCUCUUACACCUUCAUGAAACAUGGCCUUGCUGAUUCACUAGCUCCAGUGGGGCCCACGAGUCUUCAAAUCUUUGUCAACCAUGUGAUUCAGACCUCCAGAAGUUGUCGGUCCGCGUGCUAGACUGGUUGUAAAACUUUUGUCUGGAGCGAGGCGAUAAAGGCAAAGGCCAAGGCCCAAAGCGUUCCUUUUUCACGGAAAUGUUCGUACGUCAGUUAUACAUGAAAGUAGCCAUCACUCCGGCCCACAAACGUGAAGGAGAUUCUCUUGGUGGUAAUGUACGGUUUCGUCGUUCAUCUCUAGCAUCUAUGCUUUUAGUGUUUACAUGAGUCUGUUCCUCGUAUCGUUCUCGCACCUGUUUUUGUAUGGUCUAUU